AUGGCGAGAAAGGCGAGCGGGGCGGCGAAGACGCGCGCGCUGUUGAGGUCUGAGUGGGCGGCGGGCGUGCGGGACGCCGACGACGUCGACGCGCGCGACGACGUGAAGGAUGCCGAAGAGGCGCUCGUGGGAGACGAUGAAGGGAAGGAAUCGGAGUUCAUGGCGUUCAAUUUGGAUAAAGAGCGACAGGAAGGGUACUUCGAUGACGAUGGGAAUUACGUCGAAUACGCCGAGGAACAGGACGAGGCGGAUUUGUGGUUAGAAAAAGAUGCAAAAGUUGACGAGAGAUUAGCGAGCGGCGCGAUCAAACGAAGCACGGCGGCGUUUGAAGAGGAAGAGGGGGCGACAUCGAUGAGCGAGCGCGAGGUGGCCGUGGUGCAGCGCGAAAUAGCUGGAUAUUUGAACCCAGGGGAAACAGUGCUCGGCGCGCUCAAGCGUCUCGGCGGGAACGCGAAAAAAGGUGGCGGUGGACGCGGUGGUAAUCAAGGCAAGCCCGCUAAAGUCAUGAGUGAUGAAGAAAAGAAAGUGUUUGAUAAGCUGACGGAGCUUUCGAGCGCACUAAUGGGUCAAGGGGAAUACGAAGUGUACACGUUUCGUAAAGAGGCGUUCGAGCGCGCAGCAAACCUGUACGCGCCGACGACGACUUUGACGGAAGACACUGGUAAAGACAUGUUCGCCGAUAGCGACGACGAUGAAGGUGUCGCACCCGAGCCUUCGUUGCCAGCAGCGAAGAAGGCAAAGGUGGAGCCGUCGAAGAUUGAAGAUCCGCCGCCCUCUAGCGGCUUAAACUUCGCUUCAAUGAGCGUGAAAAACCUCAAGGCGUACAUUCAAGCGCAUGGUGGGAGCGUCGCGGGCAAUAUCGCAGAAAAGAGUGAGCUCAUUUCUCGCGCGAAGUGUUGCAAGCCGGUCGUGGUUCCCGAGGGCUACGCGUGGAGAGCUGAUGACGGCAUGUACUAUUGCCAAGCUUCAGAUUUGUUUUACGAUCAUCAUAAGCAACUCUUCACCGACAAACAUAAAUACUGGACGUAUGAUCAAGAGAAUGGAUUCGUGGAGUGGACAGCGUAGUAGUAGACAACGUUUCGACGCGUGC